AGGAGCCACACCCCCAGCCCCUCAGGCCCAAGGUUUAGGUCAGAGUCCCUGGACGUAACCAUCUACCUCUGUCGGUCCCGCCCUCCCUCGCCUGCCCCUUGACCUGCGAGCCCGGAGUCUCAUCAGCCCGGAGAUCCCAGCACCGCCACUGCCCUGCCAUGCUGCGCCAGCUGCCCGCCAGGCUGUGGAGCGGGACUGCGGGGACUCAGUCUUGGAGAAACAGCAGUCAGAUGCCCUCCCCAUGCCUUAUCCAGAAACUGGACCAUAUCGUGAUGACAGUGAAGAGCAUCGAGGAUACAGUCAUGUUCUACUCCAAGGUCCUGGGCAUGGAGGUGACAACAUUCAAGGGAAAUCGGAAAGCACUGUGUUUUGGUGACCAGAAAUUUAACCUCCAUGAGAUGGGAAAGGAAUUUGAACCCAAAGCCAUUCACCCGUUGCCUGGCUCCCUGGACAUCUGCCUGAUUACAGAGGUACCUCUGGAGGAGAUGAUCCAGCGCCUCAAGGCUUUUGAUGUCCCCAUUGAGGAGGGCCCAGUCCCCAGGACAGGGGCAAAAGGGCCGAUUAUGUCUAUCUACUUCCGAGACCCAGACAGAAACCUGAUUGAGGUGUCCAACUACAUCUCAUGAUUGCCACCACCCUGUUUCCCUCAUGCAGGUUUGAGAACAAACCUGUCCUCUAGAGGGCAGCGUCCAAGCCACACAAUAAAUGGAGUAUCUUCCCCAGUGCA